AUGAGGUCGCAGGAUGAUGGUUUUGUUUAUAUGAUUGAUGUGGAUGAGGAGUUGAGUCUGAGAAAUGUAUUUUGGGCUGAUGCACGUAGUCGAGCAACAUAUGAGUAUUUUGGCGAUGUUGUUACCUUUGAUACGACAUAUCUAACAAAUAGAUACGGUAUGUCGUUUGCUCCGUUUGUUGGUGUAAAUUAUAAUAGGCAGCCUAUACUGUUAGGGGCUGGGUUGCUUUCAAGUGAGGACACAAGUACUUUUUUCUGGUUAUUUCAAGCAUGGUUGGAGUGCAUGGAUGGUCGGGCUCCAAAAUGGGGGCAACUUAUUGAGAAGUAUGAACUUAGUGAUAGUGCAUGGCUACAAGGGUUGUACAAUGAGAGGUCGUUCUGGGUACUGGCAUACCUUAAGGGAGUAUUUUGGGCUGGCAUGAGCACAACUCAGAGGUCAGAAAGUAUGAACGCUUUCUUCAAUGGGUUUGUGCAUUCUGGUACGUCAUUAAAAGAAUUUGUCGACCAGUUUGACAAUGCUCUCAGGAAGAAGGUGGAGCUCGAGAUGAUAGCUGAUUUCAACUCCUCAAACCAAACCAUCCCAUGUUCAUCCACAUUCCGCAUUGAGAAGCAGUUUCAAGCGGUACAUACGAGUGCAAAAUUUAAAGAGGUCCAAAAAGAGGUGUGGGGAAUGAUUUUAUGUAACUGCAUACUCAUCAGCAAGGAGGGUUGCAUUUCCACCUACGAUGUUUUGGAUGAAAUUACCACUAAUUAUGACCAUGUCAAGAGCGUCAAGUACACUAUUUACUUUAACGAGGAGGAGGUUGAUGUCAAAUGCACAUGUGCAUUGUUCGAGAUGAGAGGGAUCUUGUGUAGGCAUGCAUUGAACAUUUGUCAGAUGAAUAAGAUUCAUGUAUUGCCGGAUAAGUACAUUUUGGAUUGA